UUUCUUUUUCCUUGCAGUUCCUGAGUCACGUUUUUUGAAAAGAACGUGGUUGGUUUGAUUUUUAAAUUUCAUCGACAUAAAGGAAACAAAACGUUCAUCGCGGUUAGCCUUUGAAGCUCUGAAAUACUUGGCUGCAGUUCUGUGCCACAAAAAUUUCUCAAUCGAAUUUCUCAGCAUGAAUGGUCGCCAGCAUCUUCUGGAAGUCCCUCAACCAGGCAUUGCAGCAACUGGUGUCUCAAUAUGCUUUUACUACUUAGCAUACUGUGAGGACGCCAUUGAAAGAGUGUGCUUAUUGCCCAAGGAAAUUUUUCAUGAAGUUGUUAGGUAUGGUCUAUGGUUACUAGGAUGUUUUGGAAAUUUUGGUUGCCCAACGCCUCAGAAGUUGGGUCAUAAUUUCUGCGCUUGCAAGCGUUAAUUGCUACCUCAACCA